UUUCCUUUUCUUCGUCUGAUCGAAUUGAACAAAGCGAAGAAAAUGCCUUCAACGAAAUUCAUGAAUUGAAGUUCAAUUCGAUUACGAUCAAUCCAGAGAAGCAAUUCAGAUUGAUUCCUCGCGAAGAUGGCGGAGAAUUCGCCGUCAUCGUCUUCCCCACCGAAACCCUUGCCAGUGCAGCAGAGCUCCGCCAUGAUUGAACCUCCUUCAAAUUCGCAGCAAUUACAGCCGCUGCAAUCGCCAUCUCCGUCGCUCGACCACCAGCAGCAGCAGCAGCAAUUGAUGCAAUCGCAGCAGCAGCAAUUGGUACAAUCGCAGCAGCAGUUGGUACAGCAGCAGCAGCAGCAGCCGCAGCAGCAGCAAUUGCAGCAGCUGCAGCAGCAGAUAAUGCAGCAGCAGGGCAACAGCAGCAGCGUCAAUGGCGGUAGCGGCGGUGGCAAUUUGAUAGGAGUUUCGAAUUUUCAAGGUAUGCAAAGGAAUCCUUCGAUAGCUAGGCUUAAUCAGAUGCAGCAGAGUGGUAGUAUUAAUAGCCAGUUAGGAAUGAUGAGACAGCAGCACCAACAGCAGCAGAAUUCGUCGGCAAUUUACGGUCAGAUGAAUUUCGGUGGAAUGAGCGUGACGCAGCAACAGCAGCAGAGCAGUAGCGUUGGUAUCAAUGGAGGCAAUAGCAGCCAGCAGCAGCAACAGCAGAUGGGGCAACAAGGCCAAUUGCAGCAACAAAUCGGGCAGCAAAGCCAAUUGCAGCAGCAAAUGGGGCAACAGAGCCAAUUGCAGCAGCAAAUGGGGCAACAGAGCCAAUUGCAACAGCAAAUGGGGCAAAACCAGUUGCAGCAGCAGUUAGGGCAGCAAAAUCAGUUGCAGCAGCAGCUGGGGCAGCAAAACCAGCUGCUGCAGCAGCAGCAGCAGCAGCAGCAAAUUGGGCAACAGAAUCAGUUGCAGCAGAUCGGCCAGCAAAGUCAACUGCAACAGCAAGUCGGGCAACAGAGUCAGUUGCAGCAGCAACUAGGAGGACAGGGCUCGAUGCAGCAGCAGCAAAUGGGGCAGGGGCAAUUGCAGCAAUCACAAAUGGGGCAGAUGGCUGGUGGGAAUUUGUCGAGGUCCGCUCUGAUGGGGACUGGGAAUUUGCCUAUGUUAUCUGGUCAAGCAGCCCAGUUUAAUUUGCAAAAUCAGUAUUUGAAUUCGCCACGUCAGAAGGCGGGGUUCAUGCAAGGGUCUCAGUUCCACCAGGGUAAUUCUCCUGGGCAGUCAUUGCCAGGAAUGCAAGCAAUGGGAAUGAUGGGGUCAAUUAAUCUGGCUUCUCAACUAAGACCAAAUAGCACACUUGCUUACGCCCAGCAGCAGAGAAUGACUCCAAGCCAACUAAGGCAGCAUCUUUCUCAGCAAAAUGCACUUACUACUGGCCAGAAAUUGCAGGGGCAGAAUAUUGCAAGGACGUCAUUUAUGAACGCGCAAAUUGCUGGGCUGGCUCAGAAUGGACAACCGGGUAUGAUGCAGAAUGCUAUAUCACAACAGCAGUGGUUAAAGCAAAUGCCAGCAAUAUCCUCCCCCAACACUUCUUCAUAUCGUCUUCAACAACAGCUGCUCAUGCAACAACAACUAGCUUCUUCCCAGUUGCAGCAACAACAGCAGUUGUCUCAAAUAGUACAGCAGCAAACACAGGCCCAGUCACAGAUGCAUCAGCAGAAACAACAGCAACAGCUGCAGUCGCCAAUGCAGCAGCCGCAGCAGCCUCCACAACAGCAGCUUUUCCAUCAGCAGCAGUCACCAAGAAUCGCUGGACCGGGAGGGCAGAAAUCGGUGAGUUUGACUGGAUCACAGCCUGAUGCCACUGGAUCAGGAGCAACUACACCAGGUGGAAGUUCAAGCCAUGGCACAGAAGCUGGUAAUCAACUUCUUGGGAAGAGAAAGAUACAAGAUUUAGUGUCACAGUUGGAUUUCAAUGGGAAACUGGACCCUGAAGUUGAAGAGCUUCUGUUAGAGAUUGCUGAUAACUUUAUUGAUUCGGUUACUACUUUUGCAUGCACCUUGGCAAAGCAUCGCAAAUCUUCAACGUUGGAGGCCAAGGAUGUCUUGCUGCAUUUAGAGAAAAACUGGAAACUGACCAUUCCUGGGUAUUCGAGCGAGGAGAAAAAACAAAGUACUGAAAAUCCCCCUACUGAUGCCCACAAAAAGCGUAUGGAUGUGAUUCGCACCUUGACGGAACCUGCACAAUCUGAGACAAACAGUGGAGCUAAGCAGAUGGUCAGGCAGGGAUCAGGAAAUCAAGUUGGUCAAAACCAUAUGAUAAGACCUUCUCCAAGCUCCGAGCAGUUAGUUUCGCAGUCUGCUGUGCCCCAAAUGCUGCAGCAGAACACUAGAUUCUGAAGUGCUCUUUCUCGCUUCACCACCAGCACUUUCGCAAUCUCAUGGCUCGCGGUGGGCUUGCCUUGUGCUGGUAGCAUAACCAAAUCAACAAAUAGCUUCUUGGAAGAUCUAUCUAUCUAUCUAUAUAGUCUAUAUUAUAGUAAUUUAAGUUAAUUACCAUCUUAUUUGGAAGUUAAAUAAAAUGAUGAAUGUUGCCAUGAUUCAAGUUUGUUUGGACACUCUGUAGUGUACUUACAGGAUUCUGUUAUGUACAUAUCUUUCAAUAGUAAUAUGAUUGAUUUCAGUUAAAAA